AUGACAUUAUCUCCAACGCCUUCAUCAGGAAGACAAGAAUUAAUAUGUCAAUGGAAGGGAUGUUUGCGCAUGUUCCCAGAUGCUGAAACAUUGUAUAAACAUCUUUCAGUAGAACAUGUUGGAAGAAAAUCGACGGGAAAUCUCUGCUUGGAUUGUCAUUGGGAUGACUGUGACAUUAAAACUACUAAGCGAGAUCAUAUUACAAGUCAUAUAAGAGUUCAUGUUCCUUUGAAACCGCAUGUUUGCGAGGCAUGUAAGAAAGCAUUUAAACGUCCGCAGGAUCUAAAGAAGCAUAAGAAAACACAUACCGAACAACAUCAACAACAAUUGUCUUGUACCAGAAAAAAUCGCCGUAACACUUCAAAGAAACUCGUUCGUCCUCCAACACCACCUUAUCAUCAUCCAUAUCAUCAUUCACCUACUACUACAUAUCAACAACCUACAUAUUCAGCAUAUUCAAAUAUGGAUGCUUUAUUUUUAAAACAAGAACAAACGAAUUCUUAUUUAAAUUCAACUUUAAUCGGUGCAGGCUUAUACAGUCAAGAUUUGUAUAGAGAUACUAACAAAUAUCAAUCAUUAGCGAAUGAAAGAUUACCAUCGCUUUCUCAAUCCUUCUUACAUUGCAAAUGGACUACUACGAGCCACGCAGGAGAAUCAGAAUUAUGCGA